AUGUCUCGAGCAAGUUCCGCUGCUCAGCCAAGGGCAUUGACAUUGACGGAAGAGCUCGAGAAACUCGAACAGUCCAUCACAUUAACACUGCAAGAAAUCGAUCACAACUUCAGUCGAGCACACCGCAUAGUGACGUCGAGCAUUCUGCCUAUAGUCGAACAAUAUGCCACACAUUCAAAGGAGGUCUGGGAGGGGUCAAGAUUCUGGAAACAAUUUUUUGAAUCGAGCGCCAAUGUGUCCCUGUCAGGCUACGAAGAGCAACAGUCUCACCUGGAACAUACAGACACCACAGUGACCGAAGACACCCACACCACCACACAGAGCACCUUGGAGACGUCGCAGUCGUACGAAACUCCUUCGGCGCAACACAUCUCCACAGACUCAAUCCAGGACUUGGACCUCUCCAACAUGACCAUCUCGCCCUCGAAGAGCAGCACACCGCGACCGAAUAUCACGCAAAAGUUUCAAGAGCAAAGCAAUGCUACAUUUGCAGACUACCCAUCGCCUUAUGAGGCCCUGCGACAAGAAGUCCACAGUACGGUUGUCGACAACACGUCCCUGACCCAACCGACUAUGCCCGAAACCCCUGGCGGCCGACCAGUAUUUGCCAUGGACAAGAUUGCCGUAGAGACUCCCCAGUCCUCGCCGUUCCUCCCUCCACGACCGACCUCGAUCCCACGCCCAUCGACUGCCCGCAAACGGACGGAUCCUCUGCUGCACCGCAUUCUCGACCGAAAUUACCGCGUCCAAGCUACACCGCUCACAAGUGAGCAUUAUGCAAAUUGGCCAUCGACAACUCGUGGGACCCCCUCGACUACGAGACAUGCUCGAUCUGCCACACUAGGCAACUCGACUCUCUCGUCGAGCCCAGAGGCGCCUCCACCCGAGCUCCACCCGGAGAUAUUCUCCUCGCCCGAACGCAGGAGACCAAUUCCCGGAGUCAGUGUUCUGACACCGUCACGGGCACGAUCCAAAUCCCAGCCCUUGAAGGCACCCGCCCGGACACCGGGGGUCUGGGACAGUGACGAUGACGAUCUCGACGACGACAUUCUCUUCGACCAGUCCCCACCUAAGACCAUGCAGUUCCACGUCCCUCAGAAUCGCCUGUUGAGAACUCCAGCCAAAGAAGCAUCGAAGCGGAUAGUCGAGGACAUCCUGACCAAUGCCGGGAUAGAUUACGGGGAGGAAGAACUCGAUUUCACACAGGACAUUGAGACCGAGGGGUUCAAAAUGGAUGGCGAUGGGGAGCCGACCAGUCCGAGUGUUGUCCGUCGAGCCAUGAACAUCGAGGACGAGACAUUUUGA